AUGAGUGAACCAUCAGCACUCGACUAUGCCCGCUACUACGGCCUUGUUCAGCGACCUCGGCACCCUCUUCGCAAUCUUACACAGCCCGCUCCAUUUGACGUCGAUAUCUCACUGCCGGCCCACCCCGAAGUAUUCAACGUUGAAGACCCAGUCAACAGCGAGAAACUAGAAAUCAGCCAGGACGGCAUGCUAUUCCUUUCUAACGCCAUACGGCCGCCUUUCGCUCCGCAGUGGGAACAAAUCCUCGAUAACGCCUCAAGCAGACGGCGGCUCAAAUGUGAACUGCCCUUACUGAAACGCAAUCAUGAGAAGGAUCUACAAUGGUUUCGAAAGGGUCUCGACAUGGACAAGCUUUUCCGGCAGCUCAGCGAAUGCCAUCCAUUCGCAGAUGGCAUUGGGCGUGAUGUUGAAAGGGACCUAGCAGCAGCAGUCGCCAAUACACAAUCGAUGCUACAAUCACCUCGUCUCGAACUCACCAAAGCUGCAAUGAACUGUGCUAUGUCAAUGAUCCAGCAGAGUCGGAUAGCGCACAAGCCACUACAGUAUUGGGACCUGCCAGCAAGGAAAAAGACCACCUCCGACGAGCCAAAGGAGCCGCUUCUGUCUCUGCCGCUGCCGUCAUCGACCGAGGACGACUCUUUGGCACAAGCACAAGCAGGUCUGGACCAUCCCUUACACCAGCCAGUCGACUUGGACGAGCUACUGCUACAUGGAGAACGCGGGGCAGCUGCGCGUGACGGCAGGUCCAUGCACGAAGCUCAGUCCAGGCUAGACUCAGCCGAAUACGAUUCAAUCGACUACGAUCAAACCGCACACACAGCGCCCACGACGACAGAUCUGCCAAUGAAGAGCAUGGCACCCACUGAGUUGUCGCUUGGCGGCACGGCUACCACGACUGCGCUCUCGCCUACUUGUACCGCAUCGUACGUCGACAAUCUGGAAGAUCAAACAAACGGCCCGAAAGAUAUAUUUGACGACUUCGUCGACUUUGACAGCUUUCCGAGCACAGAAUCGCCCGUGAAGGGUGACGUCGAACAUCAAGUCCAGAUUAGAAGCAACGUACAGCCUCACAGCGAACUAGGCACGGCAGCGUCCCAGGCUGCGGCACCCGCAUCCAUCAACCAACUCGAGCUGCCUAGACUGCCCCCAGCCUAUCACUUGGUCGCUGUUGAUGUUAUGACCGCGAAUCUGAUCAGCCAGCUGCAACCUUACCAAACAAAAUCAUGGCCGAAGGAUGGUCUCGACCAUCUUGCUGCCCGUCAUUUCUUUCCCGAGCAGAUUGACUGUACAGCAAGAACAGAGCAAUACCUUACGCCGCCUUCGAAAGUGGCAUCUAGCCAUGAGCUGCUUUGGAAACAGCCCGGUCUCAGAUUGCUCGACGAGGAUGACGAUGAAGAACCGCUUGAAUCAAGUCUGGACUUGUCCGACGAGGUUUCAGCCAAUCCGACUUCGUCUGCCGCGCAGGCAUGCCUGUCUCAGAUCGGAGGCGACGUUCCGCAACACUCAGCCUCAAGACCUUCUCUUCGAACAGCAUCAUCAUCAACGCCAGAUCCGAGUUCGAUCGUUGACGCGUGCCUAUUACAGGAUACAAAAUUCGGGGUACGUGUCGAGGACACGAAAGUCGUACAGCAGAAUUCGGACACCCCAAGUCGGUCUACAUUGCCACAGAAAGCAAUUGCCGCAACUACUACCAAGAUGGAUGAGUUCCAUAAAUUAGCGACUGCAGAGCUCUUGGAAAUCAAGACAGAGCCCGACAUCAAGAGCCGCCUCGGUGUGACUCAGGUACCAGCUGGGCAGAAGCGGAAAGCCUCAUCAGAACUGCUGAAACGAGAAACAGACAUGUCGUCUGCGUUAGCUAAGGGAUUCCAAAUGCCAACGAUAACCUGGCAGCAACCAGCCAAACGACGUCUGAUUGAUACAAUUCGCCAGACUCGGCCUGUACAUCUGAACUCGAAAGGCGACAACCCCAAGUUCUCAGCAACAGGCGCGCUUUCAUCCUUUCUCGACCUCAGAGCAGGACGCUUUAAGAAGCCGAGCCUUCCUUCCGCAGAAACAUCAGAAUCCAUACUCGCUAGUCGGUGCUCCUCACCGUUGUUCUGUCCUCCGGAUGUGCAGCCAUCUCCGAAUCCACGCAACACGGUUGAAACUGAGCUGUGCAGGAACGGCCCAACAUCUCUCAAAUUUGAUCCAAUCUUCGUCUCACAAGCCUCUGAGUCCCCACCAGACGACCAAGUCGACGUCCCUUCCACGCUGAAAGAGACGCUGAAAGCGUUGGCUAUGGAUAGCCCUACUUAUACACCGCUCACGCACCCGCGCGUGAUUAUGCUGGAUGAGUCCCUAGUCCGCAAGAAGAGACUUAUGGCCGUCAUUGAUCGACAGGACGACAAAAUGCUACGCUGCGUCUACCGCAGAUUGUGUUCGACGCCUGAUGUGAUCUUGAGUCCAAAAGUCUGCUUACUUAUCACGAACCUGCAAGCGCUAAAACAGAAGAGUCUCCCAGGCACCAAAUCCUCCUCUGCUCAGACAAUACAGGAUCGCGUCCACAUACUCUCGCUGCAAUUCGAGCAGGUCCAAGUGAUCAUCGCUCUGCCAGACCCAUCAUCCGCUUCAGUGCCAGGUCAAAUGGAGACAGUGGCAGAGUUUGCCGCCUGCUGCGCCUCGAUACGGUUCAGCCAACCCGAUUCCGGUACUGUAACACCGGUUUGGAUCGUCACCUCCCCCACCACCAGUACUCAAACCAAGAGUGAUCUCGACCCCGUGACCGCCUGGAUCUUUCACCUCAUCUGCCAGCACAGCCUACCGGUGCUUCCCAAUAUGUCCUUCAUCGAUGACACUACGGUCUGGGAGACGUUCCUGCGCGACGCGGGUGUCAACGCGCUAGCAGCGCAGGUCAUGUUGGGAAUGCUGAAGAAAGAUGGUGAUGCUGGUGGCGGAGAAGGUUCGGCUCAGCAAGCUGUGUCAGAUAGUGGUCGGGAGAGCUGGGGAUUGGGGCGGCUUGUGAGCAUGAGCGAGCAAGCGAGAAGGGAGAUGUUUGAGGCGUUGGUCGGUGAGAAAGCUCUGAGCAGGCUGAAUCGAGGUUGA